GUUGGGUCAUCUGUCACCUUCGUUUCUUAGUCGAGUUUGAAAGGUCACACUCCGAGGAGAGAGAAAGAGAGAGAUGGAGGUGAGCAUGGCAGCUUACUCUCCCCUCAUUCACACCAAUUUCAUGUGUUUCCGAGUCAAUCCUGUUUCCGUUGACUUCAAACCGAAGUCAAGGAAUUUGAAGCGUUUGAGAAUCUUCUGCCACAGUUCCUGCUUGGAAGUUAGGGACCUCUGUUAUAGGCCACCUGGAACCCAGCUUAAUAUUUUGAGUAACAUAAGCUUCUGUCUUCCACAGAAAAGUUUUGGCUUAAUCUUUGGACGAAGUGGAAGUGGGAAAACGACAUUAUUGCAGCUACUUGCUGGGCUCAGCAAACCAACAUCAGGUUCCAUUCUUCUACAAAGAUAUGGAGAGGAUAGAUUUCCAACUGAGCCUCCUGAGUUAUUAGCACCACAGCGGGUUGGUAUAGUUUUCCAGUUUCCUGAAAGAUACUUUCUGGCUGAUACUCUACUUGAAGAGGUAACAUUUGCCUGGCCAAAGCAAAAGGGAGGUCUUCAAAUGAGGGAAAAUCUUGCUUCGAAUCUUGCACGAGCUCUAAAUUGGGUUGGUUUGAAUGGUGUGCCCUUUGAUAAAGAUCCUCAGUCCCUUAGUGGUGGCUACAAGCGACGGCUUGCUCUUGCAAUUCAAUUAAUUCAAGUUCCAGAGUUGUUGAUACUAGAUGAACCUCUUGCUGGUCUUGAUUGGAAGGCACGAGCAGAUGUGGCAAAACUACUGAAGAGCCUGAAGAAGGAAUUGACUCUACUUGUUGUCAGCCAUGAUCUUAAAGAGCUAGCACCCCUUGUUGAUCGAUCGUGGAGGAUGGAAGGUGGUGGAGUUCUGAAAGAGGAGCCUCUACCUUUCUGAUAUUUAUUUUGAAAAUUGCUGUCUGCUUUAGAUCUGAUGCCAACCUUUGAGCGUAUAUCUUAGGCUUGGAAGUAGAUAUUUUAUAGGAGAGUGACUGUUUUGUUUAUAAGUUUAAGAAAUGGUCUAUGAAUGUUUUCCGAGAUUCAUGCUAUGGAUAUCAGUCUUGUUUGA